GGAGCAGAGAGCAGCCAUUGCUGUGUCUGGCAGCAGAGGUGUGAAGAAGACAUCUGGUGAGCGUGAGACAACCAGCAGCCAUCCUUGUGUAUCAGGAGGACUGAGCAGGUCCCAGAGAACCAUCACGGUGCCUCCACCUCAGUCACUGAUACAUGAGAGACACAGUGACCAGAAGAUCCUGGAACUCAGCAACAAGACCAUUCAGCUGCUGACAGGAGAGGAUGGGGAGUAUAUAGAGGAACACAGGGGUCUGUACAAGGACGUGAUGAUGGAGAAUCACCGGCCCCUCACAUCACUGGAUGGGCCCAGUAACAGAGAUACCCCAGAGAGAUGUCCCCGUCCUCUGUAUUCCCAGGAUUGUACAGGGGAGAAUCACAGGAUCCCACAGGAGGAUCAGGAUGAAUGUCUCACUGACAUUAAGAUAGAAGAUAUAGAGGAAGAAGAAGAGACAUAUGUGACUGAUAUAAAGGCAGAAGAUAUAGAAGGAGAAGAAGAGACGUAUGUGACUGAUAUAAAGGCAGAAGAUAUAGAGGGAGAAGAAGAGACGUAUGUGACGAAUAUAAAGGCAGAAGAUUUAGAGGGAGAAGAAGAGACGUAUGUGACGGAUAUAAAGGCAGAAGAUUUAGAGGGAGAAGAAGAGACGUUUGUGACUGAUAUGAAGGCUGAAAAUACAGAGGGAGAAGAAGAGAUGUAUGUGACUGAUAUAAAGGCAGAAGAUAUAGAGGGACAAGAAAAGAUGUAUGUGAGGGGUGAUCAGCAGUCUAAGGAGGAGGAGAUCCCUACAGAUAUCAGCACAGCAGUUGGACACACAAGCAGGAAUAUCUCAGAAGGACAUCUAAUGUUAUCCCAAGAUUGUGACAUAAAAAAUAAUGAUAGUAGACAGGAUUCUCCAGGAGAUAACCCCAUUACCCCAAUUAUACAUCCAGCUCUAUCAGCUGAUCCCUCUGAUCCUGGGAAAUGUUCUCCUGAUCACUCUGAUAUUGGUGCAUCUGUUACAGAUCUGAGCGUAGAUACAGUGUUUCCCUGUUCUAUAGAUGCCAAAUGUUUUACACAGAACACAAAGCUUAUUAGCCAUCAGACAGGUAAGGCAGGUGAGAGGCCAUUUCCAUGCUCUGAGUGUGGAAAAUGUUUUUCACGGAAAUCAGAUCUUAUUACACAUCUGCGAAGUCACACAGGUGAGAAGUCAUUUCCAUGUUCUGAGUGUGGGAAAUGUUUUACCUGGAAAUCACAACUUAUUACACAUCAACGAAGUCACACAGGUGAGAAGUCAUUUCCAUGUUCUGAGUGUGAUAAAUGUUUUGCACACAAAUCAGAUCUUAUUAGACAUAACAGAAGUCACACAGGUGAGAAGCCAUUUUCUUGCUCUGAGUGCGGGAAAUGUUUUAUCCGGAAAUCACAACUUGUUGCACAUCAGCGAAGUCACACAGGUGAGAGGCCAUUUCCAUGUUCUGAGUGUGGAAAAUAUUUUACCUGGCAAUCACAACUAGUUACACAUCAGCGAUGUCACACAGGUGAGAAGUCAUUUCCAUGUUCUAAGUGUGGGAAAUGUUUUGCACACAAAUCAGAUCUUAUUAGACAUAACAUAAGUCACACAGGUGAGAAGCUAUUUUCUUGCUCUGAGUGCGGGAAAGGUUUUAUCCGGAAAUCCCAACUUGUUACACAUCAGAGAAGGCAUACAGGUGAGAGGCCAUUUCCAUGUUCUGAGUGUGGGAAAUGUUUUGUAUGCAAAUCAGAUCUUGUUAUACAUCAGAGAAGUCACACAGGUGAGAAGCCAUUUUCUUGCACUGAAUGUGGGAAAUGUUUUACACAGAAAUCACAGCUUGUUACACAUCAGCGAAGUCAUACAGGUCAGAGGCCAUUUCCAUGUUCUGAGUGUGAGAAAUGUUUUGCACACAAAUCAGUUCUUGUUAAACAUCAGAGAAGUCACACAGGUGAGAAGCCAUUUCCUUGUUCUGAGUGCGAGAAAUGUUUUGCACACAAAUCAGCCCUUGUUUUACACCACAGAAGUCACACAGGUGAAAAACCAUUUUCUUGCUCUGAGUGUGGGAAAUGUUUUACACAAAAAUCACAACUUGUUACACAUCAGCGAAGUCACACAGGUGAGAAGCCAUUUCCAUGUUCUGAGAAAUAAAUCCGCUCUUGUUACACGCAAUAAACAUCACUGAGGUGAGGAACCAUUUUAGUCUUCUGCAGUAUAUUACUUAUUGCUAUGCAUUGUUCUUAAAGGUUCUCAUCCUAUCUCCUAUGCUUUUUGCAAUAUUCAUGCUAUCACUGGGUAUAAUAAUCAGAUGUCAUGUCCUCAUCUACCACUGCUAUGCAGAUGACCUGUCUAUUGCUCCGGGUACUGAGAACCCAGUACCAAUCCUAAAUGGUUGUCUAGCUGAGCUCCAGGUAUGGGUGAUGCCAGUUGGCUGUGACUCAGUCCUGGCGAAACAGAUCCUUAUGAUAGAAGCUCACCAACAAAGGACAGGGCUACAGCUCAGCUUUGUUACCAACCAGACAUACGCUUGUGGGUUCAGAGUUACAAAAUGCUGAUCAUGUGCGAAACCUUGGUGUCCUGGAUGGUGGAGUGACACGGAGACAUCAGGUAUCAGCCACAAUCAGAUCCUCAUCUGAGGAACAUAGCCAGACUCCAGCACUUAUUUCCCUCAGAAGAUCUACCUACAGUCAUACAUGUACUUGUAUCAUCAUGCAAAGACUACUGCAAUGUCCUCUACCUUGGUCUCCCAGCAAUAGAAUUGCACCGCUUGUAGCUUGUACAGAAUGCAGCAGCCAGGCUGUUACCUAACCAGCCCGUUCCUGCCACAUAACACCCAUUCUCUGCUCCCUUCACCAGCUGCCUGUAAGAUGGUGAUCUGUUACAUAAUCUUACUGACUCUCCCAGCCAUACAUGACCAGGGUCCAUGUACCAGAAGCAGCUUCUGCCUCCUUACCGCCCUGGUUACUUCCACCUGUUGAUGAAGGACUGUUAGUAGUACCAUAAAUCCCCAACUAGUGAUUGGAUGUUGGGUGACAGGUGGGUGGCAGUGGAGAGAGUCAGGGCGGUGGCAGU